GGUAAACAUACAACUCAGCAUCGAAAAACUGUGGUUGGCACAAUUCAAGAAAUCUGGCGUAAUUUAUCGUAACGACCAACAAUUUCAAUAACUUUUUUUUGUCAAAAAUCAAGUAAAUGGUUUGUUUUUCCUUUUGUGUUGUCGUAUAAAUUAUUUAAGGAAUAAAUUGAUGGUUUUGAUAAAUACGAUCACAAACUAAUCGAAUAAUUCGAAGAAAAAUGUUUUUUUUUUAUUUGCUUUUAUAUGAAUCAUAGGCCUUUUCCAUACAUUACUCUACAUUCUAAGACGUGCUCAGAAAAUUCGGCUUCCAUUGUUGUUCUCGUCUUUGCAGUGCAUGCGCAAGUGAAAUUUGAUAAAAGUUUUAAUCGAUUACCCGGUGAUUUUGAUACGUGAAAAUGGGCAAAACACGUAAAACAUCUAAACAAAAAAGUGAUGCUAAGCUAGCGAACCUCGAAAACAUGAAGUUCAUGGAAAGUUUGGAGCUGAUCGAAAUGCCGGCGGCACCGACACCAAGGAAAAAAGCUCGCGGCAGUAACAUCCCUCCCGCCGCGAUCAACAAUCCACCGGAGGGCGAACCUUAUGUUCCGGAGGAAGAUAUCACUCGCGCCGUCUUCAUCUCCGAGAAGCCUUGUCCUCAUGAUGAACUGGCAGCUCCUGAGGACCUAACAGUGAACAGUGAUAAGCUUCCUACAGUCCAUGUCGUUUCGGAUACUCCAGAGGAUCUACGUCAGCCUGGCGCUCUUGCAGGUCAGCCAACUUACGCUGGACGCGACGUGUCGGUGAUCAAAGUUGUUCUGGAUUCGGCAGAUGCGGAAGACGCGGCAGAUGCUGCCGAUCGCGAUGCUGCUCAGCAGCUCGAAAACCGUGUGGAGGCACUGCAAUGCGAAAACGAUACUCUUCGACAAGAAAAUGACAGACUUCGGUCCCUGAACAUGCGACUCCAGGAAGCGCUCAUCGAAAGGCCCAACAGCACUACAUUUUCGGAGAUUCCUGGUUUCCCCGAUGCGAAAUGGCUCCUCAGCGUUUCACAGAACUCCCAGGACAGCGAUUAUCUGUUCAUCAAGGAACUGAUGAUUCGCCUGUUCCCAUUUGGAGUAGGAAACGCAACGGUCACUGGCCACGGAUCCAACAACCCGUUGGGGCGUGGAGUGAAGGGUGCACUUGAGUCGGGCACUCCUGGAAAUGUGGAGAAGUUGGACCCGAUGAAAGUCGCUUACAUAAGAGAUCGGCUCUACGAAAGGAGGAUGGUACUCCAGGACGAACUAGGAGUGGCCAUUCAGCGUUCGAGAAAGACAACAAGGCUGAUUGCAGCGGUCAUCAACAACAAUCCUUCCCUGCGGAACUUGCGUCAAGAAUGAUUUCAACAUGUUUUCAUUUAUCUAUGGGACACCACUUAAGGGUGAAAAUGCACAGCACGUUUUUUUUUUUUCAUUUUCCAAACAUUGUAUUUUAUACUGUAUGACGUAUGAACUUUGUUACGUUUUGUUUUAUUUAACAUGUUUUCGAUUUUAAAAUGUGAAAUGUUUCAUAAAUCCGUGUAAGAUACUUACAUGCAAAGCAAUAAAAGAUGAAAAAAUAAACACAACUAAUGUUUCUGAUAGAAAGAAAUUGAUUCUUUUCAUUUUGGAGAACGGGUUGGAUUUAAGGUUAUGGAAGAAAAUCAAAUUAUGAUAUUCAUAAGCUAUUGAAAAUGCAAAUCAUUUUAAGAUCUUUCUUUGAUAUUUAAAAGCUAAAUGAGAUAUUCUGACAACUGAGACAAUGCUUGAUCUUAGUGAGAUAUUACAAUAUCUAAAAAUGAUUUUAUUUUGAUUGUGUGCAUACUAUUUUUUGAUAUUAUUUUUGAUCUUUUAUCUCUUAUGUCAAACAAACCAAUAGCUGUUUUUGAUCGUCAGUAUUUCAUUUUUCAAUAACUGAAAGUGAUGUUCGUUAGAUUUUCUCCUCUACCC